AUGUUUCACGUUCAGUAUCAGCCUUUAAGACUAAUAACCCAAACCAGUCUUUCUGGAAUGUGUUUAAAGCUCAUUCUUUCAAGACCUGUUGCAUUUGCACAAAUAUGGAAGUCAUGGUUCUCAAGCCAUUCUCUUGUUGGAAACAAAAAUAUUAUCCUGAUGGGACCUCCGGGUGCUGGGAAAACAACAGUUGGCAGAAUAGUAGGUCAGAAACUAGAUUGCCCUGUCAUAGACAUAGAUAAUGAUGUCCUUGAAACAACCUGGAACAUGAGUGUGUCGGAAAAACUGCAGGAUGUUGGUAAUGAGCAAUUUUUAGAGGAGGAAGGAAAAGCCCUGUUGAAGUUUUCAGCAUCUGGAAGUGUCAUUUCCCUCACUGGGUCAAAUCCGAUGCAUUCUGCUGGCAUGCAGCAUAUGAAGAAAAAUGGAAUAGUUGUAUAUUUGGAUGUGUCCACGGCAGUCAUCAUGAACAGGCUGAAAUCAAUGAAAGUGGAUCGCAUUGUGGGCCAUUGUCCUGGUAGUUCUCUCAAGGACAUACUUCAGUUUAGGAAGCAGUUCUACAAAAGGUGGUAUGACAUCCGUGUUCUUUGUGGAGAGGAUAUUGCAGCAGAGGUUGUAGCAGAAAAGGUACUUGAUGCUGUGAAGAGAUAUCAAAACUCAGAACUGGAAACUUUUAUUUCAACGAGGUCUAGCAGGUCUGGAAGGACUACAGAAAAAAACUCUCGUAAAUAUUUCGGUGACGUUGUUACUGAGGGCUUAGCUCCUGAUGGAGGACUCUUUGUUCCUGAGAGAGGCCUUCCAAAAUUCACUGCUGAAGAAUGGCAAGGCCUAAUAGAAGCAACUUACAUUGAAAGAGCCCAGGUGAUACUAGAAAGAUGCAUACAUCCUGAUGAUGUUCCUGCUUCUAAGCUGGCAGAAAUUAUUGGAACUGCUUAUGGAGAAAACUUUACUUGUUCUAAAAUUGCCCCAGUUAGGCAUCUGUCAGGCAAUCAGUUUCUUCUUGAGUUGUUUCAUGGACCAACAGCAUCAUUUAAAGAUUUUGCAUUACAGAUGGUGCCACAUAUAUUUGCAUACUGCAUUCCCAGAAGCUGCAAUUACUUGGUUCUGGUAGCUACUUCUGGUGACACGGGGAGUGCUGUCCUAGAUGGUUUUAGUCGUCUCCAUGACACUGACAAGCAGAGAAUUGCUGUAAUGAAUUUUUUUCCUGAGGAUGGAGUAAGCCCAAUUCAGAAAUCACAGAUGAUUGGCUGUCAGACAGAAAAUGCCUGGUCAGUCGGUGUCAAAUCUGAUUUUGAUUUUUGCCAGACAGCUAUAAAACAAAUCUUUACUAAUUCUGAUUAUACUGGGUUUCUUACAGUAGAAUAUGGAACAGCUUUAGCUGCAGCGAACUCCAUAAACUGGGCACGGCUGCUUCCUCAGAUAGUUUAUCAUGCCUCUGCAUACCUUGAUCUUGUUCAUCAAGAUAUUAUUCCCUUUGGAAGCGCUGUAGACGUUUGCGUUCCUACAGGAAACUUUGGCAACAUAUUAGCUGCUUUGUAUGCUAAAAUGAUGGGAAUUCCUAUUAGAAAAUGUAUCUGUGCUUCCAAUGAAAACAAUGUUUUGACUGAUUUCAUAAGAACAGGUGUUUAUGAUUUGAGAGAAAGAAAAUUAAUUCCCACUUUUUCACCAGCAGUAGAUAUUUUGAAGUCCUCCAAUCUGGAGCGAUACUUGCACCUGAUUGCUAAUGAGGAUGGACAACUGGUGACACAAUUGUAUAACCAGCUGGAAAAUCAGGGCCACUUCCAGCUACGGAAGGAUCUACUUGAAAAGCUUCAGCAAGACUUGGUGGCUGGAUGGUGCUCUGAGGAAGACUGUCUAGCAGCCAUUCACUCUGUAUACAGUACCACAGGAUAUAUUUUGGAUACACACACAGCUGUUGCUAAAGUAGUUGCAGACCGAUUACAAGAUAGAACUUGCCCAAUUAUUAUUUCAUCUACAGCUCAUUAUUCUAAGUUUGCACCUGCUAUCUUGAGGGCCUUGAGGAUUACAGAAAUAAAACAGAAUCCCUUAAGUCAGCUUCACUUGCUGAGUUCUUAUAGCCCUCUGCCUCCAGUCCACUGGGGCUUAUUAGAGACUCUGAGAAAGAAGGGUAGUGAGGAUCACCAGGUCUGUGCUGCUGAUAUGAGUAUGCUGAUGUCCCGUAUAGAAACCUUAAUUCAAAAUCAUUUUAUGAAAGUUUUCUGAGCAACUGAUCAGAUGUCAACUGUGUCAAUUGUGAUACCUUCUUAGCAAGCUGCAUGUUUUAGUGAGAUCAUGAUU